GCCGAUGCGGCCGGGCCCGGCCCGCGAGGGGCGCCGCGGCGGGGAUGGCGCUGUCGCGGGGGCUGCGGUGCUGCCAGCGGGUCUUCGGCUGGCUGCCCGUCCUCAUCAUCGUGCUGGUGGUGCUCUGGUCCUACUACGCCUACGUCGUCGAGCUCUGCCUGGUGACUCUGACGAACUCUGUAGAAAAAGUGGCCUACCUCACCGUAUUCCAUAUCAUCUUUGUAUUCUUCAUAUGGACGUAUUGGAUGUCUAUAUUUACUCCUCCACUUCAACCGGACAAAAAGUUCCACAUGUCAUAUGCCGACAAGGAGCGCUAUGAGAACGAAGAAAGGCCCGAGGGCCAAAGGCAGAUCCUCCUAGAGAUGGCCCGGAAGUUGCCAGUUUGCACAAGAACAGGGAAUGGCGCCAUUCGAUUCUGUGACAGAUGUCAGCUCAUCAAACCUGACCGUUGUCACCAUUGCUCAGUUUGCGCUGUAUGUGUGUUAAAAAUGGACCAUCACUGCCCAUGGGUGAACAACUGCAUCGGCUUUUCUAACUACAAGUUCUUCCUACUGUUUUUAGCCUAUUCUCUGUUGUACUGCACGUUUAUUGCAACGACGGUCUUCAAGUAUUUCAUCAAAUUCUGGACAGUGGAGCCCACCAGUGGCCAUUCCAGGUUCCACGUCCUCUUCCUUCUUUUUGUGGCAGUCAUGUUUUGGGUCAGUCUGUUGUUCCUCUUUGGCUACCACUGCUGGCUCGUCAGUCAGAACAGAUCGACUCUAGAGGCUUUCUCGGCUCCCGUGUUCUCCAGCGGCCCUGAUAAAAACGGCUUCAACCUCGGCUUGGCCAGGAAUUUCCAGCAGGUAUUUGGGGAAGAGAAGAGACUCUGGUUAUUCCCGGUGAAGUCCAGCCAGGGAGAUGGACACUCCUUCCCCAUCCGAGCCCAGAGCGAAGCCCGGAAUCCCCUGCUGGCAAACGAGGAGCAGUGGGAGGAAGACGGGAUGGAAGAUGGCAACCAGCAGAAUUACCAGCAAGGGACUUCUCUUUCCAUCGAAAUGGAGACGUAGCAGCUUUGAAGAGCUGAGGCUGUGCAACUCGUGAGCUCUGCUUCCUCUGGUGAUGGAGACUCAAGAGGCAUAAAAAAGGAAAAAGGCAGCACUUGGACCAGAAAUGGAAAAACAGCAUUGGAGGCUAAUUCUCGCUUUCUGAAACGCUUCUGGAGGAAACUGUCCUUGGGGGACACUUCCAAGGUUUGCUACACAUUAUGGAUUAUUAUUAUUAUUUUUUCUAACAUGGCAGCUCUGAAGUGAUUAAGGCUAUUCGUGACCUUUUCUUUUUUGUACGUCUUACCCAGAAGAAGGGAAAACUGCUUAGUGCAAAUGCAUCUCCAAGUGCCUUAAGGGGCAUUUAGCUAACCGCCUGGACUGCGCGUUGUCGCGUUUUGCCAAAUAGGAAGAACAGCUCUGUGAAACGGUGGAGACGGACAGUUAAGCAGACGGCUCAAAA